AUGGUGAUACCACAAUCCUACCCGGUGAGCGACGAGGACCAGGACGACGAGGCCGAGUUCUCUGCUAGCAGCGUUAAUUAUGACACGGACCGCGAUUCGCUAGCGUCCGAGGAGCACGAUGGGUAUAACGAGUCCAUGUCGCUACUCCCUAGCCUGUACGAGCACAGCUACGCGCAUGGCAGACGGUAUCACCGUUAUCGACACGGUCGGUAUCCCAUCCCGAACGAUGAGGAUGAGCAGAGUCGUGAGGAAAUGCUGCAUGCAAUGAUGCUGGAGGCGACGGAUGGGCGACUGUUCUAUUCGCCCUUGGACGAACGCAGCGUGAAGAAGUUGGUCAACUUGGGCACUGGGACUGGCAUGUGGCCGAUUGAGAGGACGGAUCUAAGUCCUAUACAACCUUACUGGGUGCCAGUUAAUGUCAAGUUCUACGUCGACGACGUCGAAGCAGAGUGGAUGAACGGUGACGACUUUGAUUUUGUCCACCUGAGGAAUAUGAUUGCGGUCCUCAGGGCUCCAGUCGACGUCCUUCGUCAAGCAUACGAGCACCUGUCACCCGGCGGAUGGAUCGAAUUGCAAGAUGUCAAUGGCCAAGUCCACACCGACGACGAUGCCGGCCUUGAGGACUGGUUCUUGUCCCGAUUUACGCAGCACAAGGUCGACGCCUACGCGCAAUUCGGCACCAACGCGCACGCAGCCGUCUUGGGGGGCGAUCAGCUGCGCGAAGCAGAUUUUGUGAAUAUCCGGCAUAAUUAUAUCAAGCUGCCAUAUGGCACCUGGCCAAAGGACAAAGUCAUGCUUAUAGUGGGAAUGUACUACCGCACCGCUUGCGCGAAGUUCUUCUCGGCCUUGGGCGCCAUUCACUUUCCCUUGUUGGGCUGGAGGAAGGCGGAGAUGGAGGUGUCGUGCGCCGAAUGUCGACAAGGGAUGCGCGAUCCCAAUGUCCAUGCCUACGGCAAGAUGCAUUUCCGGAGUGGUCAGAAGCCGGCAUGA